UAAUAUAUAACAUUAUUAUUAUCUAACUAAAGCUUAAGACACAGGAGAGAUUCACACCAAACUAAAACAAUGAAGUUUGAUGCAAAGGAGAGAUUCAGUUGCAAGAAUUUAUCAGGAAACAUUUUUCAAUUGCCAAUCACUCUGCUUAUUGCAACCGUGGUACUAUUUCCUCUGAUGAGGAUCAUAGACAAACCACAGUUAUUUGGGAGCAUAGAAGAAGAAACAAGAGAAUGCAACAUAUUUUCGGGGCAUUGGGCUUCUUAUCAUCUUAAGGAGCCUUACUACAAUAAUGAGACAUGCCCUCACAUCAUAGAUCCUUAUAACUGCAUCAAGAAUGGGAGACCUGACAGAGAGUUUAUCAAGUUAAGGUGGAAGCCUUAUGGCUGUGAGCUUCCACUAUUUAAUGCAACUGAAUUCUUGAGACUUGUUCAAGGCAAGUCAAUGGCCUUUGUUGGUGACUCCAUGGGCAGAAAUCAGAUGGAUUCUUUGAUCUGCCUCCUAAAUUCUGUUGGUAGACUUGAGGAUAUUACAGAAAGAUACACAUCUAAGGAUGACAUACAUUUUAGAUGGUGGUUCAGUUCAAAUUACAAUUUCACUCUUACAAUAUUAUGGGCUCCAUUUUUAGUUAAAGCUACUGGUGCUGAUCUCCGGGGUAGUGCAUUUGACAGUUCAUUAAGCCUUUAUCUUGAUGAGCCAAAUGAUGCUUGGGUCAGCAAGGUUGAGGAUUUUGAUUAUGUGAUUUUCUCAACAGGACAAUGGUUCUAUCGACCAUUGACUUUCUAUGAGAAUGAUCAUAUUGUUGGAGGUCAACAAGGAGUAAGUAAAGUACAAGACAUUAACUUGUAUGGUUACAAAAAGGCUUUUCAGACAUCUUUUAGAACCAUCAUGAACCUUAAACGGUUCAAAGGAUUGACUUUUUUAGUGACACAAUCUGCAAAACACUUUGAGCAUGGAGAGUAUAAUGAAGGUGGGAAUUGUAACAGAACAAGACCAUUUACAAAAGAAGAAAGACAAGGCUAUAACAAUGGGGAGCUCUUGGAAGCAAUGCAUCAUGCUCAAGUGGAUGAAUUUAGAGAAGCAGAAAAGGAAGCUAGAAAAAAAGGGUUGCACUUUGGUUUGAUAGAUAUAAGUGAAGCAACAUCAUUGAGGCCUGAUGCACAUCCUGAUAAAUAUGGCCUUAUUUAUAAUAAGAAUGUUAAGGUUGUAGAUUGUGUACAUUGGUGCUUGCCUGGUGCUAUUGACACGUGGAAUGAAUUUUUGUUCUAUAAAAUGAAACAAGCAAUCAACAAGACAAGUACUUCAAUUUGA